CCAGCCAGGCUCUUAGAACGUAUUUUGCUGAAAACCACACGCUAACAUAGGAAUGUUCUCCAUGUAUUCAUACAUCUUGGAUACGUUCCUUCGGCCCCUGUGUUCACUGCUCCAACAGGGUGAUCAAAUGUCAGCCACAAAGGGGGAACUGGAGACAUCACAGGAUUGUGUGGCCAAGGGAAGUGGCCAGCUGGUGGAGAAAAAAGAAUUUGAAGAGGUUUCUCAGGAGGAUCUGCCAGAUGAGCCGUGCCAAGAUCCCACACAGAAGUUGUCAAAAGGUCCAAGGAAGGAAGAACAGACCCCCAAAAGACUGAGGCUUAUUCUGGUGGGAAAAACAGGAAGUGGGAAAAGUGCAACAGGAAACAGCAUCCUUGGCAAGGAAGUAUUUGAAUCUAAAAUCAGCGCAGAACCAGUGACCAAGACCUUCCAGAGAGGCACCCGCGAGUGGGCUGGGCAGGAACUUGAGGUGAUUGACACCCCUGACAUUUUGUCCUCUCUGUUUCAAUCUGAUGUAGCAGAUCAGCAGAUCUGCCCAGCCAUCACCUUCUCCUCACCAGGGCCUCACGCUGUGCUCCUGGUGACUCAGCUGGGCCAGUUCACAGAAUAUGACACGCAGGCAGUCAGGCGCCUCCAAGAGAUCUUUGGAGUGGGUAUCUUGGCACACACUAUCCUAGUGUUCACCCGGAAGGAAGACUUGGCUGAUGGCUCCUUGGAUGAAUACUUGCGUAAGACUGACAACCAGGACCUUUACAAACUGGAUGUGCUGUGCUCCCGGCGCCACUGUGGUUUCAGCAACAGGUGGGAGAGGGUUGAGCAGGAGGCCCAGCUGCAGGAGCUCAUGAAGCAAGUCAAAGGAAUCCUGUGGGAAACAGAAGGCCACCAUUAUAGCAACAAAGCUUAGCAAUACUCCCAGAAGCACUUGGUGCUCAAACAAGUGCAGCAAAUUGAAAUGACCCAGCAGCAAGGCUCUGAGAAAGUACUGGUCAAACAAUCCUCCCUGGAAGGGCUUUCCCAAAUCCAAAAGGAGUCUGAGAAAACUCACAAGUACCUCCUGAGGAAGGUGUCCUUUUGAACCCUUCCUGGGUAGGAGCAAGGUCCUUCCUCAGCCCUUGCAUCCCUGUAGCCAGCCAUUUCCAGACCUCGCCAUCCCACAUGGCACAUAGAUCAGUCCCCAGGUCAGAAAGUCUAGUAUCCUGAGAAAUGUGAUGUCCUUUGUCUGGAAUCCCCAGCUUCUAUCCCAGGACCUCCAGUCCUGCUUCCAGAACACUCAGGCCCUUCCUCUGCACCCCAACGCUUGCUGACCUCAUGUGGAACCUUUCAUCCCACUGGCACUGCUUUCGUUGGGGCACUUUUCUGUACCUUGAUAGAGCCAAGGCUUCUUGAG